UAGAGCGCGCCUGGCGCCUCCACACAGUCACAGAAGCCCCCACAUCAGAGCCGAAUGCGUCAAGCCGUCAGUGAGCAGCAAUAGGGGACACCUCGGCAGCGUGUCGACGGGGCCUACAGCAACAGGAUAGCGUCUAAUAAAACCAUCACAGGAGCCUACAAAACGGUAAUUGGGUUCCUAUUCAGAGCCAUGGGGUUCUCACACCUUGCUGUGAUACUGUCUGUCACCAUAAUCCAACGAGUUUCAGGCAUGAGCUUUAUGAGUCCCGAGACUGAUAGGCCACCAACAUUACCCCCUGACUCUUAUCCUCUGGGCGACCUGAUCCAUGCGGCCCUACAGAGUAAGGAACACUUAGGUCAGGCUUCGACCACCGCAGCAGGCACCACCACCAACCCCACACAGGCGGUGCCCGGUGUCAGGCACAGCGAGUCGACCGCCACGGUCAUUUCGCCGGGACUGCUCACCACAGCGCUUGUAUCUUCCUCUGCGGGCGGCCACGCGGGAUCGAGAAGCCGCAUGUCCUUCGUGCCCGUAGAAGAGGAGACGACCACUACUCUAAUCACCACCACUACGAUAACCACAAUGCACAUGCCAGUUCAGUGCAAUGCGUCUUUGUCUGCAAUGGAGGAUGUUGUGGAGUCACCAGAUUCUGCAUCAUCAUCAUCAUCUUUUUCCCCACUGGAAUGCACCUACAGCAUUACAGUGUAUGCAGGCUACGGUGUGGAGAUCCAGGUGAGGAAGGUGAACCUAUCCAAGGAUGAGUCCCUGACCAUCAUGGGGUACGGGGGCUCGGCACCAGAGCUGUUAGCCAAUGAGACACUGAUUCGGGAGGGUCAAGUGAUUCGCAGUACGACCAAUCAGGUGCACAUCCACUAUCGCAGUCGCCAGCAGAGCAACCAUGGCAAGUUUAUCCUCAACUACCAAGCUUUUAUGCUGUCCUGCCCGUUCCCUCGUUCCCCGGAAAGCGGCGGGGUGACCGUGACCGACAUCCACCCAGGCGGUCAGGCGCACUUCCACUGCGAUCCCGGUUUCCAAGUUCGGGGUCAUGAGGUGGCGACGUGCGUCAACACCACACGACCACACUGGAGCACGCCCGAACCCCAAUGUGUCGCUGUGUCUUGCGGAGGGUGGAUUCGUAAUGCGACCGUGGGUCGAAUACUGUCACCACCCCCUCCGUCUGUCGCCAACCACAGUAAUGGAAACAACCUGAGCUGCCACUGGUUGCUGGAGGCCAAAGAGGGCCACAGACUCCACCUGCACUUUGAGAGGAUUGCGCUGGACGAAGAUGACGAUAAGUUAAUUGUGCGCAGUGGAAACAGUUCGCUGUCAUCGCCGCUCUUCGACUCGGAUCUGGAUGACGUCCCGGAGCACGGACUGCUGAGCGAGAGCACCUCGCUGUACUUGGAGCUCACUGCUGAUUCAUCCUCCAUCCCUCUUCUUCUGGCGCUGCGAUAUGAGGCUUUUGACGAUGAGCACUGCUGGGAGCCCUACAUGCCUCAUGGCAACUUCAGCAGCAGUGACAUCAGCUACCAGCUGGGCACCACCGUUACCUUCAGCUGCUCCCCAGGCUUCGUCAUGGAACAGGGCUCAGCCACCAUCGAGUGUGUGGACCCCAGCAAUCCCCACUGGAAUGAUAGUGAACCUGUGUGCAAAGCUCUCUGUGGAGGCGACCUGUCUGAACCCUCCGGCACCAUCCUGUCUCCUGAUUGGCCCCAGAGCUACUCCAAGGGUCUGGAUUGCUUAUGGCAGAUCCACGGCAACGAGGAGAAGCGCAUUGAAUUGGACAUCCACAUUUUGAAUAUUCGCCACACGGACGUGCUGACUGUUUUUGACGGCCGUGAUCUCAUGUCCCAUGUCAUCGGCCAGUACCUCGGCUCCAAAGAACGUUUCAAAGUUGUGUCUGGGGGCUCAGAAGUCACCAUUCAAUUUCAGAGCGAUCCGGAGGAUUCCAGUUUUAUCCUGAGUCAGGGAUUCCUAAUCCAUUAUCGUGAGGUUGAGCCAAACGACACCUGUCCCACUCUCCCUCAAAUCGAGUUUGGAUGGAUCAGCUCGUCCCACUCUGCCCCUGUGAGGGGGAGUGUACUGACCUAUCAGUGCCAGCCAGGAUAUGACAUCAAUGGUUCUGACAUCAUCACCUGUCAGUGGGACCUUUCCUGGAGCAGCAGCCCACCUACCUGUGUCAAAGUCCAGCAGUGUCCUGAUCCGGGAGAGGUUGUAAACGGAGCGCGCUCGGUGCGCCCUGAAGCCGGUUUUGCGGUGGGAACCGUUGUCCGUUUCUCCUGCAACCAGGGUUACCAACUGGAGGGUCCCGGUCAAAUCUCCUGCCAUGGACGAGACACCGGUACCCCCAAGUGGAGCGACCACAGCCCUAAAUGUGUCUUAAAAUACGACCCGUGUCCCAACCCGGGCGUCCCAGACAAUGGCUACCAAACACUGUACAAGCACAGCUACCAGGCGGGAGAAACUCUGCGCUUCUUCUGCUAUGAAGGCUACGAGCUUAUCGGGGAGGUUAUUAUCUGCUGUGUGCCCGGACACCCCUCUCAGUGGAACAGCCCACCACCCUUUUGCAAAGUGGCCUACGAGGAGCUUCUGGAUGAUCACAAAUUAGAAGUAUCCCAGUCGUUCGAGCCCUCCCAUCAGAUCCUGAGUGAGAACAUUGCGCUGGCAAUAAUUCUGCCCAUCAUCCUGGUCAUCCUCCUGAUUGGAGGAAUAUACAUGUACUAUACAAACAUCUGCAGACUAGAAUGGAAGCCACUCUUCUGGAAGUCCCUUUCUCACACACACUCCUACAGUCCCAUUACAGUCGAGUCCGAUUUCAAGAACCCUCUAUAUGAGGCAGGGGAUACACAGGAGUAUGAAGUGUCCAUUUAAAGACCAACAUAUCUUGGUGAGAUUUAAAAACGACAAGAUGAAUUUGCUUUGAAGGGCAAAAUGUUUUUAUUACUAUAAAACCAUCUAAUCCCCCUUUCACUUUUUUAUCAUCUGGUUAGUUUAUGAAUUGUGGAAGUUCUAUUGUGCUGUUUGGUGACAUGACAGUCCAGUUAUCUGUUACAUUGGGACUGGUGCCUUACGAGGGGUAACAAUUGGACUCUAUAACAGGAGGCGACAGAGGAACUGUUUUCUUUGCUUCGUGAAAUUAUAUGGAGGCCAAAAGAUUUGAGUAAUUAGCAAUACCAACACGCUAAUCUUACACGUGACUAAGCAAAACGAACUUGAAUGUUCAUUUUUGGGUGUCGCAGACUGAAACGUCGUUCAUUCACUGUUUUCUCUCUUCCUCACGUUGUCUGUUUUGUGUAAAGUUCACACAAACACAUUGAAUGUAAAUAUGACUUGAUAUUGACUGAGGUUGAUAUAUAUACAGUAUAUACAGUACAGUACUAGAUGAAAUAUAUAUAUAUAAACCUCAUAUUUACACUUGGUCAGGGGAGGUUGUAUAUUUUCUUUCAACAGAUAAUGAAAAUUCAGUGCCAAAAUAUGCUAAAAUAAUUCAAUGUCCUUAAGUGUUUCAUCUGUUGUUGAAGUAGUGUUUACAAAGGCAGUGUUUAUUUAAUUUAAUUAAUUUAAUAAUUGCUUUUCAAAAAGGCAUCACCACGUAGUGUCUCAUGACAUGUAGUACAAGAGAAGGCGAGGACAUGAAUGUCAUUAUGCUUACAGCAUGCACUGAUUGUAAAUUAUAUUGCUUCUGCUCAAUCUUGCCAUUAUCAUUAUAGUUAUUGACAUAUCAGAUUUGAUGUUGUAUGCACUAUGUUGAUGAAAAAUUACAACCCUGGCUGUUUGCUGUAAUGCAUUAUGUAUUUAUUUAAAACGGAUUGUUUGCGCGGCAAACGUUUGUCUUAUUCGCCGUGCCAAAUGGAGGCUCUUGGAGACUGUUGCUUAGUAGACUGAAUUCUUUUUUAUCAGUAGCAUUGUUUUUCUGCUUCAUAUAUGAGUAGAUUCUUUUGAAGACGGUAAUUUAUUUGCUGAACUGGAAAUAAAGUCUCUGUUGAAUGGUGUACAAUCUGUUGGAAGUG